UACUGCGCCGACUUUCCAAGCGAGUAGAAGAAUUAACUCUCGUUUCGUUCUCGUUUUUCAUUGGCUGUCGGCGUGACGUGAGACGCACGCACGCACGCACGCACGUACGUGGGCGCCGCUGCUUCCAUUUGACGACCCUGAACAGCAAAUUUGAAGAUGUUGGUCCUGGUGUUAGGCGACCUGCACAUCCCGCACCGCUGCAACACGCUGCCGGCCAAGUUCAAGAAGCUUCUGGUGCCGGGAAAGAUCCAACACAUCCUCUGCACCGGAAAUCUGUGCACCAAGGAGAGCUACGACUACUUGAAGACGCUCGCCGGCGACGUCCACGUCGUACGCGGGGACUUUGACGAGAACCUGAACUACCCGGAGCAGAAGGUGGUGACGGUGGGCCAGUUCAAGAUCGGCCUGAUCCACGGCCACCAGGUGAUCCCGUGGGGGGACGUGGCCAGCCUGGCGCUGCUGCAGCGGCAGCUGGACGUCGACAUCCUCAUCUCGGGACACACGCACAAGUUCGAGGCCUUCGAGAACGAGAACAAGUUCUACAUCAACCCGGGAUCCGCCACCGGAGCCUACAGCGCGCUAGAAAGCAACAUCAUCCCGUCGUUCGUGCUGAUGGACAUUCAGGCGUCCACGGUGGUGACGUACGUCUACCAGCUGAUCGGAGACGACGUCAAAGUCGAAAGAAUCGAGUACAAGAAGUCUUAGCCGGUAGCGCCCGCCGCUUCCAAUCCAUUCUUCUCCGCUGGGGGGGGGGGCGAUAUAUAAUCGCCCUGUAUUAUAUUGUCGAUAGCUUGCAAUGCAGUUUCAUCAUUCCGACGAUGAAUGCCAAACACGUUUCACGCGCUAACUUCGUAACAACCUUUAGCUUCCUUAAUUUCCACCCGACAUCCAACUUUGUUGAUUUUUCAGUUAUGCCAUUUACACCCUUUUUGUUUUGUUUUUGUUUUCUUUAAAUGAUCUUCCCACGGGAACCUCCAAAGUUUGAAUUGUGUAAAGGAUUUUCUGUCGGGUCAUCUUGAAACCUUUGAAUAAAAUUUUGAUCCAGAA